GCCCUGCUGUGCUCCCUGCUCCCUCCGUGCCCGCCCGCCCCAGAGCCGCUGCGCCGCGCCGGGAGGCGGAGGUGCCGUGCCCGUCCUGCAGGCCGGCAGGCGAAGGUAUCUGAAGAAACAGUCUGAAGAUGAACUUCUUCCUGGAAACAUUAAGAUGCAUUGUACUUUUUGUUUACUAUUUACUGGAGUCACUGGUGUUCUUGGUUGUUCCUGGACGGAAGAAGAAUGUUAGUGGUGAAAUCGUAUUAAUUACAGGAGCAGGAAGUGGCAUUGGAAGAGUCUUGGCGAUAAAGUUUGCCAGCCUUGGAGCCACAGUGGUCCUCUGGGAUAUUAAUGAAGAGGGGCUCAACUGUGCAGUUAGAUUGGCCAGAGGAAAUGGAGCAGGAAGAGUACACUCUUACAUCUGUGACUGUAGCAAAAGACAGGAUAUCUACAGAGUAGCUGACCAGGUUAAAAAAGAAGUUGGUGAUGUCAGCAUCCUAAUCAACAAUGCUGGUAUUGUAAUUGGGAAGAGAUUUCUUGAUUCUCCAGAUUCGCUUCUAGAAAAAACCAUGGAAGUGAACACAAUGGCACACUUCUGGACUUACAAAGCCUUCCUCCCAGCAAUGAUUGCCGCUAACCAUGGACACUUGGUUAGCAUAACAAGCUGUGCAGGACUGUGUGGAGGCAAUCAGGUUUCAGAUUACUGUGCAAGUAAAUUUGCAGCAAUUGGUUUUGCAGAAUCAAUUGAUAUGGAGAUGAGAGCUUUGAGAAAAACUGGUGUUAAAACCACAAUUGUAUGCCCUUUCGCCAUAAACACAGGAAUGUUUGAUGGUGUUAAAUCCAAAUGGCCACGUCUGGCUCCUGUUCUGGAUCCAGAGUAUGUGGCUGAGAGGAUAAUCAGUGCUGUUCGGCAGAACCAAGAAGUAUUGUUCAUACCACGCAUCAUUUAUGCUGUACAUUUUUUUAAAAGCUUCCUACCAGUGAAAGCAGCUGUUCUCCUGUUAGACUACAUGGGAGCCUUUGAUAUCAUGAAUACCUUCAAAGGUCGACCAAAGAACGAGUGAAAAAGCACAAAAUUCAGACACCAGCAGCUCUAAAGUGGAUGUUGUUAAAGGUGGUGGUGGGAAAAGCUUGCUUCACUAGCAGCUUUGAACUUUGGAUGCCUCAUUUCUCAACAGCAACAAGAUUUUGAAGAGUUGCUUUUUAACUGCCAAUCAACAGCUUUCAUCUGAACUAUUUUUUUUAGUGCAGCGAAUUGUUUUCACCCCAUUAUGAAAAUACAUUAAUUGAAUUUACUUGCUUUGGUUUAUAAUGCCUUAAAUGUGAUCCUGCAUCACAAACCAGUAAUUGGCAACUUUGGGGGGAAGAAAAGACCGAGAAACCACAAAUAUUAAGCAGGUAGCCAGAAAAGCUUGGAGUGGAUCUGACUUCUUGUUGCCAUUCAGUGAACCACAAGGAUGGGCUGUACUGCUGGUGCCAUUACCAGUCUCUGGUAAGAGAGAAAUUCAAGAAUUUCCUCAAACAACAGAUUCUAACUCUUACAAAUGAAAGUUUUGUGAGAUAAAAAUAUGCACUGUGUUGGUAAAAAAAAUAAAAUUACAUUUAUUAACUUUGGAGGUGUGAUCUCUCAGCAUACAGAUGACAAUGGAUGUUGGGGCAGGGACAGGGAAAGAUAUGUAAAUUAAGCAUUUGUGUUGCUAAUCUACCUUGUGCCUAAUUUAUUUUAAUAGCUAAUACCAUGACUGCAACUUUUUAACAGAAGUCUUUGUAUCUUUUAAGUACAGUAUUUUAAGAACUAUUUUUGAUUGUCAUCUCCUAAGAAGAAUAAACUUGUAUUUAUAAAGCAUGAGACUUCCAGUCUAGGUGGACUAUUCAGUGUCUUGUCAACAAGACAACGAACUACUAUAAGAAAGGGUAUUGUCUUGUAUAAUAGGGGUUUCUCUUGGGAUUAUUUCAGAAGGCAGUGAUGGUGACAGAGCUGAAUGGUAUCAUUACAGCUGUCCUUUGAGUAACAGCAUAGUGUUUAGCUUCUCUGAGUUGGGUGACAGGUUGCCUUGUGUCUACAGAGACUUGUUUUACUUUCCCUUUACUCUUAGGACUCAAUUUAUUUUGAGCAUAUGCCAAAGACGCAUUGCCCUUUUUGACAAUGGAUGCUUAGAAAGCUACCUUGACUUUUUGUAACCCAAAGCAAGAAAAAGGAAGCUUAUGUGUAUGUCACUUCUGUACAUGCCAAGUCCACUUCAUGUCACAGUUCUCUGCUAGCAAUUGGUACAGCAACUGAAACAGUAUGGAGAAGGGGAGGACUUCUUUAAUGGGGAGUCUUUUCCUUUAAAUGAUGGCCCAGAAACUACCUUCAUUUCCCUUGUCUAUACAAUUAGUAAAUAGCAAUUAGCAGAGAAAGGUUUGCAUAGCACUGUUUUACCACUGAUGAGCAAGAAACACUGAGUAAAACAAGUAUGUUAAAAAUCACCUUACCUUUAUGAUGGAUUCAUGAGAGCUAGAAUUCAGACUGAUAAAGAAGAUAUUUGUUUCAAUCUCCUUUCAGAUCUUCAGCUUUUCUUCCUCAAAAGUUUACUCAUUUUACCUCAGGAAACAGAAGUUAACCAAGUAAAAAAAAAAGAUUCUCAAUGUGCAGUCCAUACACACAUGGCACUGUUCACAAAUUCUACCACUACUAACUAUGUGGUGUAUCUGUGUCUUCAGCCUCCUCACCUUUUUAUACUAACAGAACAUACUUUUCCCUCCUGGCUAUGAAAUACUAGAUAUGCAGAGUUCUAGAGCAAAGGGGAAAACUGAGAUAUGCAUAUGAACACCAGAAGUAUCAAACUCCAGCUCUAGUGAGAUCAAGUAGCUUUUCAGUUUUAGUGUCUUUGUGAACACAUUCUGCUGAAGAAAAUUAGAAGCAGUGAGUCUGGCAGGGGGAUUUGGGGAUUCUCAGCAGGAUCAUGUUUGUCACAGACCUAGGAGGAUUUUAUCUUAUAAUCUGUACCAGAUAACUACAUCUCCAAGGGAUUUUACUGCUUCAUAGAAUCAGUGGAAAGGACCUGUGCUCACUUAAGUUUUGUAUAUCUCAAAGGUUGGAAACUACAAUCUCCCUGGGUAACCUGUUCUAGUGUUUGUUCACUGUUUAAAAACAAAUAAAUGAAAAUUGUGUGUAAA